GCUAUGGUGGAUACAGGUUGGCAAAUGGCAGUACCGCAUGUUCAGGGAGAGUAGAGCUUCUUCAUGGAGGCACAUGGGGAACCCUCUGUGACAACCUAUGGGAUUUACCGGCUGCUAAUACCCUCUGCCAGCACCUGGACUGUGGAGUUGCCCUAUUCAUACCCGAUGGACAGUCCUUUGGAAAAGGAAAUGGAUUCGUCUGGAAUGGCACAUUCAGCUGCAAGAAGAAUGGCUCACACCUAAGAGACUGCCCUGUGAGUGUGCUAGGUCAUGACGAAUGCCCUGCUGGAAAAGAUGCUCAUGUGGUAUGUUCAGGCUGCCCAGGGGGCAGGCUGAUGAAUGGCACAACAUGCUCUGGCAGAGUGGAGAUCCGCCAUGGAGAUACAUGGGGAAGACUCUGUCGCUCCCACUGGAAUUUGCAGGCAGCCAGCGUUCUCUGUCAUCAGCUGAACUGUGGCUAUGCAAAGUCAAUCGAGACAGGAGACCAUUUUGUGGAUGGAAAUGGGCCUGUAUGGAGAGAUGCUUUUCACUGUGAAGGGACAGAGUCCUGCCUGGGGGAUUGUGCUCAAGUGACUUUGGGCAAUCCAACCUGUUCAGCCAGAGAAGUAGCCACUGUUAUAUGCUCAGGUCUUUCUGAAUCACUCAGACUCUCAGGUGGUGAAAGCCGCUGUGAUGGGCGAGUUGAGAUCUCACUACAUGGCAUGUGGAGCAGAGUCCUGGAUGAUGACUGGGACAUCAAGGAUGCUCAUGUGGUAUGCAGAGAGCUCCAAUGUGGAAUUGCCGUAAAAGCCUUCUACCUUCCAAGGUCUGAGCGAGGCACGGGUCCUGUUGGCUUAAGAAGUGUCCAGUGUGCUGGAAAUGAGACUCAUCUGAUGCUUUGCAAGACCUCCCAUUCUCAGUCAGUGCCAACGGGAGUUGCUGAAGACAUUGGUGUGAUUUGCUCAGGUAGCAGACAGAUCAGGCUGGUGAAUGGAACAAAGCGCUGUGCUGGGAGAGUAGAACUUUAUCAUGAUGGCAUCUGGGGCACCAUCUGUGAUGAUAACUGGGAUCUAUCAGAUGCUAAUGUUGUUUGCAAACAGCUGGGAUGUGGACACGCCAUUAAGGAAUUUGUGUCUGCUCAUUAUGGUGAAGGCUCAGGACAGAUCUGGCUGGAUGAUGUAAACUGCACCGGGACUGAAUCCGAUCUCUGGGCAUGUCCCUCCAGGGCAUGGGGUGAACACAACUGCCAACACAAAGAGGAUGCUGGAGUCCUGUGCUCAGAGUUCCUGGCUUUGAGGCUGGUGAAUGGCAGUGACUGUGCUGGGCGACUAGAAGUUUUCUACAAUGGGACAUGGGGAAGCAUUUGUUCCAAUCACAUGUCUCAACUCACUGCAAUAACUGUAUGCAAACACCUGAACUGUGGAGAUGGUGGGGAAAUCGAAAGAGACUUCAAAUAUGGCAGAGGUUCCGGGCCCACGUGGCUGGACCACAUUGAGUGUACUGAGCAACAUAGCUCUCUCUGGCAAUGUCAGUCAGACCCCUGGGAUCCUCAGUCAUGUGAUAACCGAGCAGAAGAGACUCAUAUUUCUUGCACUGACAGGGAGAAGUUACGAGUCAUAGGAGGAGAGGAUGAAUGUUCAGGCAGAGUGGAGAUUUGGCACCAAGGUUCUUGGGGAACAGUCUGUGAUGAUUCCUGGGACAUGGCUGACGCUAAUGUUGUAUGCAGGCAGCUGGGUUGUGGAUCUGCUGUGUCUGCUCUGAGUGAAGCUGUCUUUGGGGAAGGCAUUGGUCCCAUCUGGUUGGAGAAGGUGCACUGUAAAGGAACAGAGCUGUCGCUUUGGGACUGUCCUGCCAAGCGCUUGUUCAGCAAAAACUGUGAUCAUAAGGAAGAUGCCGCUGUGAAUUGCUCCGGUAUGACAGAAAUAACAGCAUCACCUACUAAAGCAGAUCCUCCCCGCUACACUGAAACAGACAGUACAAGAAUUUCAGUACCUGUCAUCCUCUGCAUUAUCCUGGGGGCCCUUCUGUGCCUGGUCCUUGCCAUUCUUGCUGGACAGAUCCGAAGUGUCAGGGCACAGCAGAGAGGAUCCAGACUAUUCUAUGACCCCUUCUCUGAGGCUGUCUAUGAAGAGAUCGACUACAGCCUGAUGAGGGAAAAGCAGGGCAUGACUGGUCUCUCAGAUUCUUAUUCAGACAGCUCAAAAACAAAGGCACAGUCUUAUAGCGGGGACAGUGAUGAAGAAAAUGGUCCUGGAGCAACUCAAGUUAAUAUCUAUACUGUUCCAGAGGUCUCUCCACUACCUGGAAAUGUCCUGGAAGACAAUUAUGACGAUGUGGCAGAAGCUUCUGGACCUAAAGAUGCUUCUCUCUGUGGGCAGAAUGAAAAGGAUAUCAUUUGGAUCCCUGAAGAAAGUGACAGAAAAAAAGAUUCACAGACAGACUGGAGUCCUAAUGCGUCAGGCAACAGAAUCUCUGAGGCUGAGAGACAUUCAUCCCCUGCUCUUGAAGACACAAGCUAUGAUGACAUUGAAGAGUUGGAACACUGA